UUAAAAGUUCCUUAAUCAGGACGGUAAUUAAUAUUAAUCCGCGAGAGAGUGCGUGGCGGACACCGUAACCUAGCAACGGCGUCUUUCACAACCAGUAAAGUAGGGGCAAGAAGUAUCAAACAGUAAAUUGUCCAUAUUGAUCAGACUAACAGUUCUGUUUUUCCUGUUUAACAACUCCAAUCUCUUAACAAAAUGUAUGAAGAAGAAUCCGAUGAACCCAAGGGAACUUUUGAGAUCUAUAAAGCAGAAGCUGACACACUUUACAAGCAAGGGGAAUACAGAAAAGCGAUAGAAAGUUACACAACGGCUUUAGAAAUUCAAGAUGGUGAUAAAAAUUGUCUGGUAGCCAGGUCAAAAUGUCAUUUACAACUUGGAGAUACAACUACUGCUCUAGCAGAUGCAGAACUAAGUUUAGAUGAUGAUAAGUCUUUUCAUAAGGGAAUAUUUCAGAAAGCUGAAGCUCUUUAUUAUCAAGGUGAUUUUGAAAUGGCCCUGGUGUUUUAUCACAGAGGUUGUAAAUUACGACCUGAAUUACAAGAGUUUCGAUUGGGCAUACAAAAGGCACAAGAAGCCAUUGAUAAUUCUGUAGGAUCUGCAGAAAAAUGUAAAUUAUCAACUGCUGGUGAUCUGUCUUUCUUCACUAAUCAAGAUGAGAAACAAAAGAAAAGAAAACCUGGCAUGGGAACAUUUGGGCGACCUGCAGUACAACAGAAAGAAAAACGAAAAGUUAGUCGAUCACAGGGCAGUGAAAAAACAGUGAAACAAUUACUUGGUGAACUUUAUGGUGACAGAAAAUAUCUAGAAAAACUUUUAAAAGAAACAGCUGAUGCCUCGUCAGAGACUGGUAAAUCUAUCUUUGAUCUGGUGGAAGAGGGGUUAUCUUAUCUUGAUACACGCACAGAUUUCUGGAGACAACAGAAACCCAUGUACGCCCGUAAACAUGAACGCAUGCAACAACAUCGUAGUAAACGACAAGAAACACAAUCAAAGGGUGGAUCACCGAAUGCUUAUAUUAUUAGUGAACUGGAAAAAAUUGAUCAAGCUCACGGAGACUGCAAAUACAAGGAUAGUUUAAACAGAGCUCAGAAAUGUCUUAAAACUGUGGAGGGAUAUUCACCAGAUACGUUAUCUAACAGAGAUGAAGUGAUAGCUAAUUUACAUAGUUGUAUGGGUAACUCAUAUUUAGAAUUAGGACAGUAUGGAAAGGCUUUAGAACAACAUCAACUAGAUUUAAAUAUAGGAGAAGAAACGGAUAAUGAAGAGUGUAUUUCUAGAGGUUUGGAUAAUGUAGGACGAGUUCAUGCUAGAAGUGGUAAUUUCCAAAAAGCUAUUGGAGUGUGGAACAGAAAAUUACCGAUGUCUAAAUCAGCUUUAGAGAAUACUUGGUUAUAUCAUGAGGUCGGUCGUUGCCAUCUAGAAUUAACUCAGUAUACUGAAGCCAGACAUUUUGGUGAAAAAUCACUGGCAGCAGCAGAAGAAGCUGCAGAUCUUAUGUGGCAAUUACAGGCUUCAGUUUUAUUAGCACAAUCACAAGUUAAAUUAAAUGAAUUACAGAGUGCAUUAGAGAGUUUUGAAAAAGCUUUAGAUCUGGCGAAAUUACAAGGGGAUAAAGCAGCAGAAUCGGCCAUCCAGAAAGCCAUCAUUGAUGUUAAUAAAAGAAUUGCUAGAGAGGUCAAAGAGAAAGAAAAUCAGGAGGAAACGAAUCCAGAAACAGAAAGUCAAGGUGCUCCUGCAGAAGAUACAACAGAAACAAACAAUACCACAUAAAAUGUAAAAGAAAAUUAAAGGGGAGCAACUACCAUACCAGAUUUAUGUCCCUUUCAUUAAAGCCGCUGAUGGUGAUUUGCAUUUCGAACAAUAUCUAAUUUUUCAUGUCUUACUCCAUGCUAAAUUGUACUCAGAUUGAUUAUAUGACAUUUAAAAAAGAAAACAAGAACAAAAUCAACUAUUAAUCUUCCGGCUUGGAUUCAAUCAAAUUUAAAAGAGGCCUAUCAAAAAUUUUAGUGAAAAUUGUGGGUUGUUUUAACCACAUUCAAAUUAUAUCAUCUGUAGAGGAUGGCCAAUGUUAUAGACAUUUUCAGUUCAUCAUAUCUUUGUAAAUAGUGAAGCAAUUUAAUUGAACCAUUUUGGACUGAUAUCCACUUCAGAGAUUCAACUGCCACAAGCUCUGUAGUUCAUAUGGGAUUAAUAAUCAGUCAAAUGAGAAUCAGAAUCUUUAAGAUAUAUAUUUUUGUAACCGAGUAUUCUUUUGUGUUCUGCCUUAAGUCUUUGCUAUUAACCUACAUAUUACAAAACCCCAAGGGUUUUCAGUAUAUUACAAUUCAUGAUUCCCAUGCAGAAAUACAUAAAUCAUUCUCAAAAAAUUACACCGAAUUGUCCAUUGAAUAUAUAGUAAAUGCUAUAAAGUCUGGGGUAGUUCCAGAAAUUGUCCAGAAAAAUUAGAAGACCAGAUAGCUUAAAACAGUAUACUUUAACAAUAGAUAAUAUUCUCAUUUAUACACUGUUUUGCAUUAUAACAAAUUACAUUUUAAGCAAGAGACAAAAUAAAUAAAACAAAACAUUUUAAGGUAAACAAUACUCAUUUAUACAAUGUAUUAUAAUUUGAGAUUAUUUAAUUUAUAUUAUUAUUAAAAUAUUUGUUGAUUUUUUAAAA